GAGAUAUUUGAAUUAGCUUUAGCAGAAGAGAGAUGGAGGAGCCGUAGAAUAUUAAGGAUGAAUUCAGGAAGGCCUGAGACCAUGGAAAACUUGCCUGCACUCUAUACUAUUUUUCAAGGAGAGGUUGCUAUGGUGACAGACUAUGGAGCCUUUAUCAAAAUCCCAGGCUGUCGGAAGCAAGGUCUGGUCCAUCGAACUCACAUGUCAUCCUGUCGAGUGGACAAGCCUUCUGAAAUAUUAGAUGUUGGAGACAAAGUAUGGGUGAAGCUUAUUGGUCGAGAGAUGAAAAAUGAUAGAAUAAAAGUGUCCCUCUCCAUGAAAGUUAUCAACCAAGGAACUGGGAAAGACCUCAAUCCCAACAACAUUAUCAUUGAGCAAGAAGAGAGGCAGAGGUGCUCCUUCCAGGAUUACACUGGGCAGAAGAUCACCCUUGAGGCUGUCCUGAACACUAUCUGCAAGAAGUGUGGCUGCAAAGGCCACUUUGCAAAAGACUGUUUCAUGCAGCCAGGUGGAACCAAGUAUUCUCUGAUCCCUGAGGAGGAAGAGGAAAAAGAAGAGGCAAAGGAAGAAGGAAUUGAGAAGCCCGAUCCCACAAAGAAUUCUUCCAGAAAAAGAAAAAAGGAAAAGAAGAAAAAGACAGACAGGAAGCUGUCCGACUGUGACAGCUCUGAUUCUGAGAGUGAUAUGGGCAAGAAGGCAAGGCAUGCAUCAAAGGACAGCAAGGCUACAAAGAGGAAAAAGAAGAAGAAGAAACACAAGAAGCAUAAAGAAUGAGG